CCUCUCUUCUCUUCUAGAGCCAAGAGGCAAAACUCACACAUACAUACUUGGCUACUUCAAAUUGCAAGAAUCUCUAACUCUCCUGGUGAGGGUUUUGAUUCUCAGAGAAUCUAAAGCUUAGGGCUUUAUUAGAACCCUUUUGCCAAGACAGUGUGGAUUCAUCACUCUCUGUAUCAGAAAAAUGGGGAACCUUUCGGGGAAUUUCGAUAUCGUAGAUCUAAUGUCUUACGGAGACGAUUUGAUCAGCUUACUGAAUGUUAAGAACGGGUUUGAAGUGGUAUCGCAAAGCUUCGAGGACUUGAAAACUCUCCGAUUAGCUUGCGACGAGGAUUUCAAUCAGAUACAGAGAUCUAUCGAAGAUUGUAAGAAGAAGCUUGUCGCUUGUAAGAAGAAAACAGAGGAAGCUUAUUCUGAUGUUUCGGUUGGAGAUGAUGAUAUUGAGCGUCUUCAGAGAGAGUUAGACCAAGAGAUGGAACUAGAGUGCAAACUUAAGGACGAGCUUAGAGUAGUUGCUGAGGAACUCAAGGACCUGAAUGCACAAAGGACAGACAUUGAUGAACAGAGGAAAUCUAUAAAGAGAAAAGAACGGGACGAGUUGAGAGCUGAGAAAAAGCUAUCUAUGUAUGCUUCUGUCACAAAAGUUAUACCAGACGUUGAGGAUCCAUCGAAGAUCUCAGGAUAUAUGGUAGAUCGCGAGAAAAAGGUUAUUGAGACGUUCCAGUUCGAGACAAGUAAGAUGACGUCUUAUGAGACAUGCAACAGUAUCUGGAGCAUCGUAAACAAGCAAUAGACAGACGUGGUGGCUUGAGUUCAUUUGUUUGAAUAGAUUUGGUUUAAGCAUAGCUAUUAGCAACCAAAAACCUCUGUAUCCCCUCCAUCUACGGUUCCUUAAAUGUAAAACCCAUCCUGCUUAGUUUUUCGUUGGCCUUUUGUGAUUGGAUUAUGAAUAUUCAUUCUUCUCCUGUAACGUCAUCAUCAUCUAUGAAAAUUUCCCCUGCAAGUUUCCCUUGCAGCUGC